AUGGCCAAGUUCUAUGCAAUUGCCAGAGGUUUCAAGGCUGGUAUUGCGCAUGAUGAAGACACUCGCAAAAUAUUGACAAACAACUACAAGGACAACAGCAACCAAUCUUUUAAGACAAGGGUGGAGGCUGAAGAGUGGCUUGAUAAAAAGCUUGGUGUCCAACACGGUGAUUGGCCUGAUAUCUACGAAGAGGAUGCCAUUGCUGCCAGGCAUGCUGCCGAUACAAAAAAGGCUGCCCGGAACGCCGAAAGCACUGCUGCUAGCCAAGCUGCUGCUGUUUAUAGAGCAGAAGAAAGAAGAAGAGCUAUCGCAGAAGCUACUUUGAGGGGUAAAGAGGCUGUUUUGGCACCGGCUCUCAAUCGAUUUUCCCAGCCUACGUCCACAUCUUAUUCCUCGUUGCCGUUUCUGCGCCGGCCAGUAUCUUUGGCUGCAUUCAGGGAUGAGCUCUUGGAGGCCCUUAGCAACGUAUGCGACAGGUAUGGGCUCAGGGCGCCGGCGACCACCAAGUUACGGCUUCCGGCCCCAGAGCCCUCGGCAGCUUCGAGGAGAGCAGGAACUGUCAACACUUUGCCUUCGAGCCCACAGGAUAAGCGACCUCGCGUGAAUGAGUCCGUCGUCGAGCGUAAGUAUCAGGCUCCUAGAUCUCCUAAACCAUCCUUCUUGAAGCCCGAAGAUACUCACAAGGGUCGCUCUGCCCAAAGACGCUCACCCUUCCAGCCUGUGGAUUCACCACAUGGCAAAUGGGGCUCGAAGAAGACGUCUUUCCGAGGUAGUAUUCAACCUGCCCGGGCGGCUUCGUCUCAUAAGUCUGCCAUUUCCGACGAUGAGGAUGAGGCAAGCUCUAACCCGUUCUCUUCCGAUUCCGAAGCCUCUGAAGACUCUCCCCCGAGGAGUCAACGCUCCCGAAAGGCAUCGCAUGUGUCUUCUAAGCCUACCGCCGAUACCUCAAGCUCGAAGUCUUCGAACCGGAGGUUCCAGGAACCGAAUUCCGCGUUUUCUGAUUCUAUUACUCAGAAGAAACCUGGUCGAGCUGAGCCGCGGUCCCGUACUGCGCCUUCUCGCUCUCAGCCGACGCCCAGUCCUCAUCUGAAGGGUGAUGAUUCACGUGCGAAACGUGACAAGCCUGCCAGGAGUCCACCCGCUACAUUUGACAUGGCUAGCGUGAAAAGGCGCCGUCUUGAGACCAUUGAUGACCUCUUCUCUACCGCAAAUGGCAUCAGUACACCGCGCAAGUCUUCUGUACGUAAGGCCAGCCGCACCGAAUCAGUCAGAGAUAUGCCACCUUCCAACAAGGCGAAGCAAAGGCCAAGGAACAUCAAGAAAGGUGUUUCGUCUAAGCGAAAGCCCCACAGCGAUUCUGAGUAUUAUGAAGGGCCCAUAUCGAUUCCUAGUGACACCGACAGUGACAGUGAUUCUGGGCGGUCUCCAAGCCCUAUGCAUAGCAAGCGGAAGACGUAUGAUAACCCCGACUCGUCUACUCCCAGCAGCGAGCCAGAGAAAUCUGAUAGCGAUGCAUCAGAUAGUUCUGACGCCAGUAUAUCCUUGACAUCACGUCGUUCGAAACGAAGUAAGUGA